GGUUUUUUGAGUUCUAAAGUUUCUUGUUGAAACCUGGCAAUACUACGAGCGUGACAACAAAUCAGUUGUUUGCAAACCAUGGUUUUCAACAGCUGUUUACUUUCAUGUAGCCGGUUUUCAGUGCGCUUUUUUAUUGUUUUGUCCAAUAUAAAAUAAUAUAUUUAUUUCAACCAAAGUUUUGAUAAAUUAAAAAUGGAUACAGAAAUAUUAGAAGCAGUUAAUAGCUUCCUGAAAGUGGAACCGAUUGAGGAGGCGUUCCUCAGCGUUAUUGUCUACAAACCGAACGGCGAGGAGGAGAAGUCCUGUUCAUUUACUGAAACCAUUUUGCGUAAAUUCGAGGAGGUACCUCAGGACAACAAAGAGGGUUUGGUGCGACAAUAUUUGCAACGUGCGGCAACUGCAACAAACAUUUCGCGUCUGCGUGUGCUAAUGAAUACACUGGGUAAAUUAGCGGAGGCACAUGCUAUAACGGCAAGAAUGCUCUGCGAUAAGAUUUUGCUAUGCGACAGACUCGUUUAUGAGAACGCAAAUUUUUGGAUUGAGAGCUUCAAAAUAAUUAAACGCGUCUUAUCGCUGGUAGAUUACAAAGGAGUGCGUGAAAUAAUGAAGAUGUGUCGUGAUAAAGCCCAAACAUUUCCCGUUAACAUAAACGUCAGUUUUUUACCACAACUACAGGCGCUGAAAGAUACAUUAAACUACAUAUUUGAUCGUAAUAAUUGUCUACUGCCAGGCUAUUUUAUUGCCAAUGAAAUAAUGAAGCCACCACCAUAUCACUGGACAAUUAACAAAAUGAUGACUGAUUUCAUGGAGGAGUUUCGCAGGACCGCGCAAAUGGUGUCAAUCAUAGGGCACUCACAUAUGUUACCUAUUGUUGAGUGUUUCGGUUAUGCCGAUCAUAUGAUGAACUCAUGGAAAUUAGAUCCGAAUACUUUACGCUUCGUUUUCAAAGGCAAUCUUCCUUAUGACUCAGAUUUGCUAGAAGAGCAAACAAAACUUUUGCGUUAUGUGCUUGAUCAGCCAUAUUCCAAGGAGAUGGUCUCCGUUAUGAUGAGUUUGCAGAAGCAACAAAAGCAACGUUGCAAUGCGCUCGAGGAACAGUUGGUUAAUUUGAUCAUAUCUGCCAUGGAAAUGACCGAGAGCAAUGACUCUAUGAUGGGUAGUAGCUUCAAUGUUUAUGAAGAGCAAACCUCCAUGAACGAAUGGGUAUGGCUACACUUAUCGUCACAGCUGAUAUACUUUGUUCUCUUUCAGUUCGUAAGUUUUUCACACAUAGUGACUGCAUUGUAUGAAAAGCUCUCCAAGAAGGAAUUGCGAAAGGGACGCGAUCAGCUGAUGUGGAUACUAUUGCAAUUUAUAUCUGGUAGCAUACAAAAGAAUCCAAUAGCUAAUUUUCUACCAACAUUCAAGCUGUUUGACUUGCUUUAUCCUGAGCAGGAACCACUAAAAUUACCAGAUUGCACAAAAUCCUCAUUAUUGCGACAGAUGGCGCCCAUUUGUAUUUGGAUACACCUGAUGAAAAAGGCUAGACUGGAGAAUAUGAAUAUUAAUAGACCAUUACCAAUUGCAUUAAAAAAUCAUCACGAUUUUCUACAGCACCUUGUUAUGCCAAAUACAAUGAUGUCUAUGAGUUUGGGCAACGAUUUCCGUAUUAUACUCAUAUGUAAUGCAUAUUCAACAAAUCAAGAGUAUUUUUCACGUCCAAUGAAUAUACUUACCGAAGCGUUAAAUGGAAAUGCUAAAACUGCAGCUGGCGGGCAACUACCCUCAGCACCGUUCUCUAUGGUUGUUUUAGACAGCUUAACUGUACACAGUAAAAUGUCGCUAAUACAUAGCUUUUUUACGCAAAUGAUUAAACAAGCGCAGGCCAAAAGCUCAAUACCUGCACCAGCUUUAGUAGAAACCUAUGCCCGACUGCUCGUUUACACCGAAAUCGAAUCGCUGGGCAUUAAAGGAUUCUUGCAGCAAUUGCUGCCCGCUGUUUUCAAGCACCAGGCCUGGGGCAUACUACAUACGCUGCUGGAAAUGUUCCUAUAUCGUUUACAUCACAUACCAACACAAUAUCGCCUUCAGCUGCUUUCACACUGUACGGUCGUUUCGCCGCAAACCAAUAAAAUGCAAUUGAAUUUGUGUUUCGAAUCGACAGCUUUGCGUCUAAUUACCGGACUAGGCUCAGUAGAAAUGCAGCCACAAAUGUCUCGCUAUUUUAGCGAAAAACCACCUGGUUCUGUCGCAUCGAGCGAGAGUGAGGAACUGAAUCGUGUGCUGAUACUAACGCUGGCACGUUCAAUGCACAUGACUGGACUCGGCGACGAACUGCAGCCUUGGUGUAAAGAGCUACUCAAUAUUAUAAUGCAAAAUACACCGCAUUCAUGGGCGUCGCACUCACUGGCUUGCUUUCCGCCUGCUUUAAAUGAGUUUUUUGUACAAAAUAAUCAUCCUUUGGAGAAUAAGCAGUUGCUUAAAAAAUCCGUCGAGGAAGAAUAUCGUAACUGGACAUCGAUGUCAAAUGACAACGACAUUAUGAAUCAUUUUAUACGGCCCAGCACAAAUCCACUUUUCCUUUGUUUACUUUUCAAAAUGAUUUGGGAAACGGAAAAUGUCAGUCCAGUGGCGUAUAAAAUUUUAGAGGGCAUUAGCGCCCGCGCACUUUCAGCACAUUUGCGCAAGCUAUGCGACUAUUUAGUUGGCGAGGUGGCCAAUAGCAAUGGCAAAGAUUUCAUACACAAAUGUGUCGAUACCAUUAAUAACAUGAUUUGGAAAUAUAAUAUUGUUACAAUUGACCGCGUUGUACUUUGUUUGGCCUUGCGCACCCAGGAGGGCAAUGAAGCACAGGUUUGCUUCCUUAUUAUACAAUUGCUCCUACUUAAAACAUCAGAAUUACGCAACCGUAUACAGGAGUUUUGCAAAGAGAACCAUCCUGAUCAUUGGAAGCAAAAUAAUUGGCACGAAAAGCACUUAUCAUUUCAUCAGAAAUAUCCUGAGAAAUUUGCACCUGAUGAAUCGGCAUCACAUCCCCCAUUGCCUGUUUAUUUCUCAAAUGUAUGUCUGCGGUUUUUGCCAGUGCUGGAUAUUGUCGUACAUCGCUUCAUUGAAUUGCCCAUACAGCAUGUGCAUCAAAUCUGUGAAGUCAUAUUGGAUCAUUUGAGCGUUCUGUAUAAAUUUCAUGAUCGACCUAUUACCUAUUUGUACAACACAUUGCAUUUCUACGAGCGCAUUUUACGUGAGCGUCCUUCGCUUAAAAAGAAAUUGGUGAGCGCCAUAACCGGUGCCUUCUGCGACAUACGGCCACCAAAUUGGUGUGUUAGUGAACCAUACAAAAUGUUUUUGCAAAAUCAAGAAUUGCUUUGGAAUCCUGAACUCAAUUACUAUAUAAACUUAGUGCGACGUCUUUCAGAUACAAUAACGGGCAAAAAUCUCUUCUUCAACACCGACUGGCGCUUCAAUGAAUUCCCCAAUGCGCCAGCACAUGCACUCUAUGUUACAUGCGUUGAGCUACUCAGUUUGCCAAUAGCGCCCUCAAUUGUAGCAAAUAAUGUGGUGGAUGUUAUUGUAAAGGGUUAUUCAUUGAUUCCACAAAAAGAGAUACAUAAUUACAUCAAUGCUGUGGGCAUAAUACUCGCUGCUCUGCCAGAGACACAUUGGAGUGUAAUCUAUGAUCGCUUGCAGGAGGCAUUAAAUUCGCCAAAAAUGGUGAAAUGGACUUAUCGUUUUACGGCCUUUGAACUUUUCAAUUUCAAGACUGUUUGUGAAUCAAUGAUUGAGAAGAGCUAUGUAUUAAUACUGGCAGUGGCGCACUCUAUAUUCCAUCACAUGGGUGGUUUUAAGUUGGCCUCAAUGACGAAAUAUCUUGCUGAGAAACUGAAACCCUGUGUGCGCACCGAGCAACAGCUUGUUUUCUUGUGCCAUGUAUUUGGACCCUUUUUGCAGCGUAUCGACUUGGAGAAGCCCAACACUGUCGCUGGUAUUGCAAUAAUGAUAUAUGAAAUGCUUGAUGUGGUCGAUAAGGCGCAUGGACAAGCCCCGCUCGAAUACAUAGACACGAUUUGUGAUUUCCUCUACCACAUAAAGUAUAUUCAUGUCGGCAAUGUCAUCAAAAAUGAGUCGGAAGUAAUAAUCAAGCGUCUUCGACCUGCUUUGCAACUGCGCCUGCGUUUUAUAACGCGCUUAAAUAUCGAAGACAUUAACACGGAGAAGAACCUCAAUCUGCCACUUGUACAACAGCAACAGCAACAGCAACAACAGCAGCAACAUCCACCACCAACUCAGCAACAGUUAGCUGCUGCCGUACAACAGCAAGCGCAGCAACAGCAGCAACUUCAACAACAACAGCAGCAAAAGGCGAAUAUGGUGAACGCCCAGAGCCAGCAACAGCAACAGGUGCAAAUGCAGGCAGGGGGCAAUGCUCAACCGCAGCAGCAGCAACAGCCCUCACAACAGCAACAGUCACAACAACACCAGCAACAGCAACAACAAUCCCAACAAAAUGUACCAAUGGUUGCAGUGGGCAGUGGCAGUGGUGCUGCAGGAGGUGGCAACGCGCCUGGUAAUCAUCCACAAAUGGCUAAUUACAAUUUAAUGGCGCAGCAGCAGCAACAACAACAACACCAACAGCAGCAUAUGGCUGCAAAUAUGGGCCAGCACCAACCACAACAAAUGCAAUACUUUAUGCAAAACAUGCCACCCCGCUAUUGAGUUGACGUUGGUAGUGCGCAUUUGCUUAGAAUUAUUAAGUAUUGGCUAGAUAUUUCGCAUCGCAAACGCAUGUUCGUUUAUAAGAAGACUUUAAAGUGUGUGUGUUUUUAUAUAUAUUAGGAAAUAAAAUAUUUUAUAUGUAU